AUGCUGGCCGACCUCCAGCGCCGCAGCGAAGCCGUGCGCGCGUGGAAAGAGUCGGUCGUUUCAAAAUUGCACCCGUCCGAGUCGACGUCGACGCUGCUGCUCAACGCCCGGCGCGUCACGCGGUCGUUCAGCGCUGCCCACGCUGCGAUUGUCAACCCGUCCAUGUACGAGGUCCACAACUUGCUUCGCCCAUUCUCGACGCUUCAUGUGACGGAUGCCACCAGCCGCACCGAUCGACUGCGCACGCACCUGGGCGCGCUGGAUUACCACCUUCUGCAUCCGGCCAAGUUUAAGCCCAAGGAGUCACUCCUGGAGGUCUUCACCGAGAGUGAAGACCGGUUGCUCGUUCACGGCGUGAAGCGGUCGGGCGCUAAAAUCAGCUGGACAACGAUUCAAAAGAACUUUUUACCGACCAAGUCCACGGACGAUCUCCGUGCACGGUACCGGUUCCUGUCGAGUGCCAAGGCGCCUUCCAACCCCGUCAAGGCCUUCAUCUCGUCGUUCCCGCCGCGCCGCGUCGCGCCAUGGCUCAUUGAAGAAGAAAUUCGCAUCCUUCGGGGCAUGCUCGCGUUUGACGAAGACGAGCGCCGAAAGUUUUCCAAGAUUGGCACGCAGCUCUUGCCCCAUCGGUCUCGGAGCGAAAUUCGCAAGAAAUGGGGCCGCAUGCAAGUCGAGAUGACCCAAGACGAGCCUCGAGAGGGGACAGCGACGCUGACGUCGCGCGAACGAGACAUUGUGCGGUGGCAGCGCGCCCUCGAGCGCAAGCUGGAGGAAAAAGAAAAGCAAGCGGCGCGCCACCUGCCCCCUGACGCACGCGUGUUUGAACCACCGGCGACCGCAGCGAGCAACGACGAAGCAGUAUCGACGUCGCAGUGUCUAGAGAAACAUUUGCAUCCGGCCCUCUUCUACUCUCCGUGGGCGAUCGCAGCGCCGUCGCUUUUGCUCGACUCGACCUGUGAGCACAACUGGCCCGCGUCGCUGCCGCUCAAGAAGAAGAGCAAGGCUGUCAAGGGCAAGCGUGCGAUACCAACGCCAAGCGACUGGGCGUCCAUGCAGUUCGCCAGCGACGACGAGGACAGCGAGUUUGAGGUCGAAGAUCUCGUUUCGUCGGACGAGGAUGACGACGACGCGGACGACGACGACGAGGCUGCCAAACCAGAACCACCGUACGAUGGGAGCCUUUCCGACAUGGAUUUUGAGCAAGUCGAGCUGGACGACGAUGACGACGACGACGACGACGACGACGAUGGGUUUUUGGACACGUCUGAAUCUGCGUUUGCAUCUCCUCACCCUGCACGUGUGCAUCUUCCACAAGCCUCCGAGCGCACGCUGGCCGCCCUUGAGCGCCGCAUUAGCGGCCGUCUCCCGUCGCCACGGCCCCGCCUUCUCUCCGACGUUGACCCCUCUUCGAUGCUCAUGCUGAUGGACGACGACGACCCACACGAGAUCAUGGAAGUCGAAGAGCUGCAAGAUGAUUAUAGCGACAUGGACGACGAUGAGUUUGAGUGCGAAGAGCUUCUCCCAACCUCCGAAGAAGAAGACGAAAAUGAUAACGACGACGACGCACCAAGCACGAUGGAGCUACCGCCGAUCCAGAGCAGUCCUCGCAUUGACACGGCAAGGCUCGAGCUGCUCGCACGGCGCAUGUCUCAGAAAGGCAGCUAA